AUGGCCAGAUCUUCAUCCCCACAGGAGAAGAAGAAAGCCGUGACCGGAUCUUCAUCCUCACAGGAGAAGAAGAAAGCCAUGGCAGGAUCUUCAUCCCCACAUGAGAAGCUGGUCAUCACUCUUUGGGAUAUUGAAAGCACUCCACUCCCUCAAAGUUAUCCAGUUAUUAAGUUGAAAGAGAACAUUGAAAAGUCUGAAACACAUCUACCAAAACGUGAUGAAACGAUCACUUUAGUUGAUGAAGAAGAUGAUGAAUUUGUGACAAAAUACAUUGCUGACAAGAACGGACUUAAAGCAGACUGGAGAGGUUUCGCCACCGAUCAUCAGCUAGACUAUGGAGAUGCCGUUGUGUUUCACCUCAUCUCCCCAACAAUGUUCAAGGUUUAUAUCAUUAAGAUAUAUGAUGAAGUGAACAAUGAUUCAGAUGUGAAGUUAGAUCUCACUAGAUCUACUUUCAUUGAAGUCAGAUCUGGAAGUUGUCAAGUCUACUACAGAGUUACUUCCAUCACCAGAAGUCUCAGCGCCUCAAAAGUCUCACUUGAGACUGUCGUGGACUUCCACUUGGAAGAUCCUGCGAGAGAUAAAUCUACAAUGGCGGACUACAAAGGGAAAAGCAUUGCAAUGGAGGAUGAUGACGAACCAAUCCAGCUUCCAGAACAAGAUAAUCUCAAUCUCAUCCAGGAAUAUGGCCUGUCCCUUAUAAGCAGAGUCAUAAAUCCCAAGAAACAAGACGUCGAAAAACUGAUUGGGUUCAUGCCUCAACAUUGGGGUUUAGAAGACAGAAUAACAGCCAUGGAUCUGGGUAAAGGAACCUUCCUUUUCAACUUUGAAACAGAGGAGGAUCUACAAUUAGUUUUGGAGCUAGGCCCCUUCCAUUACAACUUCUGGAUGUUCGUUUUAGUUCGAUGGGAGCCAAUAGUCCAUGAUGACUAUCCGUGGGAGAUGACAUGCUGGACACAACUCUCGGGCAUUCCUCUCCACCUGUGGACUGAAACCAACAUGCGGAGCAUAGGAGAAAAGCUGGGCCAUAUCCUUGAGAUUAAUGUCGAUGAGGGUAAAAUACUUCUCACCAUUGAUAGUAGGAAGCCACUAAAGUUUACAAGAAAGAUUAGAUGCCACAAUGGAGAUGAGACAACAAUCCAGAUCAAAUAUGAGAGACUUUUCAAAUUCUGCUCCCACUGUGGACUCAUGUCUCACGAAGUCUCAUCUUGUUCCAUCCGAGAGGAUGAAAUCAAUACUCAGAGACAAACUCCCCGGACCGGAAUCUUCUCUCGACUUCAAGUUGGACCUCAACAGACCAACAACCACAAUGACCGUCACUUGGAACGGCAAGAUGAACGCCAUGGCGAUCAUCCCAAAGGUACGCUCAGGCCAAGACACAAUGAAGGGGACAGAUACCCCAACAAAACCUUGAUGGAGAGACAGACAAAACGGACCAUCCCCUAUUCCAAGGACAACGAUAGAAGAGGAGAUUUGGUCCAUCGAUCAAGAUACUCCAUAAGAGAGAACCGGGGAGGCAACUCUUACCACAGGGAAGCAAACUUCAGGGACACAUACAGAGAAACAUAUCCCAAAGAGAUCAGAACACAACAUGGAUAUCCUUACCGUCGUAAGGAAUUUGAGGACCACCGCUCCACCUGGAUCAAACGACCACGACCAGAAGGAACUAAUGCGGAGGAGGCUAAAGAAAGACACCAGAGCACUAACAAAGGAGUAGAAAGAGACGCAGAUCAUCAAAGAGAGAAAGUCCAACCGCUGAAAAGCCAUCACUCCAAAGCUCUUCCCACCGAUAAGGAAACAAAUAAAAAAGAUGGGAUCUCAGAGGAAGUCCAGUCUCACCGUUGUGAGCUUGAAACGAACAUAAUCCCACAAACCAUUCCAGAGACUAAUCAAGACACCCCAACAGUUGGGAACCAGUCUCAAUCUCCUAUGGAUGAAGACAAUAACCCAAACUCGCCAAACGAUGAUAUCAUGAUUGGAGCCCUUCAAGAGGAAGGUAGAGAAGACCAAGAACUUAAUGAGGAAAAUGGAGAUAAUGAAGACUUUUUAGAAGAUGAUUUACUAGGUGAAGAUCUAGAGCUGCUGGAAUCCGAGAAGAAACAAUCUUCUAAUACUAUGAGCGGCUCACAUGAGGACAGUCUAAACGAGACCAUCACGGCGUUUAAGGCUAAGGUUAAAUCAAGAGGGCAAAAGAAUCAAGAAGAGACCACAACAGCAAGAAAAACAGCUCCAACAACAAAAAAGACCUCGAGGAACCUGUUUCCAACAGGUAGUCUUAUCAAGAAGACUGGAAUCCUCCGUAGAGGUUCACCACGCAAGCGUACUGCCUCCAACAACAAUCUAACUGCUCCUAAGGAGAUCCCACACCCGAGUGUCUCAUACCCCUCAAGCAAGAUUACUAGAGUCUCAAAAACUCAACCUAAUGACAAAGAAGCUGGUUUGGUGGAUUCCCAGAAACCACCCAGUUCUCAUCCAUGA